AUCUGAUCUGUCCCGGUUCAAUGCGCUCUAAGGGAAUUUGGUGGCCACGCGCCUUCCUCCCUCGCCACACGCCUUCCCUCGGCCUUUUACAGUUGACACCCUCCCUGGUCGCAAGAUUGAAUACGAGCCCUAAUUUCUUCAUUGAAUCUUUGUUUACGUACUUAUUUUUCUCAAAUUCCCCCUUGUUUCUUUGUUUAAAGAUCAGAUUCCUUACAAAAUCGUCUCUGUUUUGAGAGGGACUUCUGCUUGAUAUUUCUCAUUUUCCAACAUGGUCUCGGAGACUCCUGCUCCGGAGAACGUCGAGAAGGUCUAUGUACCCUCAAAUGUGUCGGAUAACAGAUCAAGCAAAGGGAAAAUUCCUAAAAGAGUUCACAAGGCAGAGAGGGAGAAAAUGAAGCGGGAGCAUUUGAAUGAGCUUUUCAUUGAGCUGGGCAAUGCCCUUGAACUUACUCAGCAGAACAACGGAAAGGCUUCCAUUCUCUGUGAGACAAGCCGACUUCUAAAGGACUUGUUUGAUCAGAUUGAAUCCCUUAAGAAGGAGAAUGCAUCUCUCAUUUCUGAGUCUCGAGAUGUAACCAUUGAGAAGAAAGAAUUGAAGGAGGAGAAUUCUGCAUUGGAAACUCAAAUUGAGAAACUCCAGAAUGAGAUAGCAGCAAGGGUGGCUCAGUGUAAACCUGACUUGAAUAUACCUCCCCUUGAAUUUCAGCAAUCAGAAUUGAUGUCACAUUUUCCAGGACAUGGUCUCGGGAUGCCUGCUGGCGACGCAUUACAGCAGGCACCUGCUGUUCUUGUUGUUCCCCUGCAUCGUGAUCUCCAAGCUUAUCCGGCGACUGAUAUUACACAACCCAUGCUCAAACCUCCAUCACAUGUGAGUAAACCACAUGCUAGGUAUCCCACGCCAGCAGACUCAUGGCCAUCCCAACUUCUUAGAGAGCAGCCACUAGCUGGCAAGGAAUUUAUAUGUAGGGGUAGCGAUGAUGGUGUCAACAACUCACCAGAACAAGGCCGCUAGAAUUUCUACGACUUGACUACUCUUAGAGCAGCAAUUUGUAUCUUUAGAACUCAUCUUGGUUUUCAAGCUAGGUAGGCAGUGUCUCCUCGGCGAGUUUGUAGAUUUCCACCCAAGCAAAUAGAAAAUGAUAUAGUGUUAUUCUUAUAUGUGCUUGCACAGGUAGGGUUUUAUAUCUGCCAAGUGGUUAAACACCAAACAAGCUGAAUUGGGUUUUAAAAA